CAACCUUUCUCACUUGAUAGUGUUGGUGUAUCUGCGGGUAUUGGACGUGGUGGAUAGCAGCCGGAUAGAAAUACACAAAGAUGGCCUCAGCAACAGCGACCUAUGGGCAGAAGGAGUCUUCGGACCAAAACUUUGACUACAUGUUCAAGAUCCUCAUCAUUGGAAACAGCAGUGUGGGCAAAACCUCCUUCUUGUUCCGCUACGCCGAUGACUCCUUCACGCCGGCAUUUGUGAGUACGGUGGGCAUCGACUUCAAGGUGAAGACCAUCUACAGAAAUGACAAGAGGAUCAAAUUACAGAUCUGGGAUACGGCAGGUCAGGAGCGAUACCGUACCAUCACCACGGCCUACUACCGAGGAGCCAUGGGCUUCAUCCUCAUGUAUGACAUCACUAAUGAGGAGUCCUUCAACGCGGUCCAGGACUGGUCGACUCAGAUUAAGACAUACUCGUGGGACAACGCCCAGGUGCUGCUGGUAGGAAACAAGUGCGACAUGGAUGACGAGCGAGUGGUGAGCGGGGAUAGAGGCCGCCAGCUGUCUGAACACCUCGGAUUUGAGUUCUUCGAAGCCAGCGCCAAGGACAACAUCAAUGUAAAGCAGACCUUUGAGCGCCUGGUUGACAUCAUCUGUGAAAAGAUGUCUGAGAGCCUGGACGCCGGAGAUCCCGCCGUCACAGGGGCCAAACAGGGGCCCCAGCUGACAGAGCAGCCUGCUCCUCCUCACCAGGACUGUGCAUGUUAAAGCUGACUACUCCCUGAAACCCUUUUCCUCCCUCCUCCUCCUUGUACUCCUUCAGCUGGACCCCAGGGCCUCGGGUCCAUACUCUAUCACCCUUCUCACUCACUUUCCUGCUUUUUCUAUAACCUAGGAAGGAUCCAUGGCUGAGGGGCACAAGAGCCAGGUUACAAAGUGUCUGAAAUGCUCUGAGUUGCUUGUAGAACAGUGCAUGGGGUGUGUUUGUUUCUGGUUUCUCCUCAUGACGGAGCUAAAAGGUGCAAAAGCAAGUUCAGUGAAACCAGAGUGUUUCAGAUUCUUUGCAGCCCAGGUUCUUGAAGGUUCCCCACCCAUCUUCUGUUGUCUCCCUGUUCCUUAUUGUGGUUUUACAAGAAGGAUUUGACGGCGUCUAUCCUCAGAGUGCCAUUUAAAUCCUUCCAAUGUUUACAGUACUUUGUUUCUUGUCAGUCAAAUUUCUUGAAAAUAUGUCAGCCCCUGAUGUGGUGACCAAGAAGGCCACAGUGGAGGUAAUGUGGGAGGUGUUAACCAGCUAAAAUCUGCUCCAUACUGAGUGUUGCAUUUCUUAUAGGAUUCUGGAUACACACAGAAUCAAACAUACAUGGAUCUGUGUUUAAUUUGUUGUGUCACCUUGUAUCUAAACAUGGAUAUUGCAGGGAUUAGCAACUGUUUUGUUUUCAUUGUUCAUCUAAGCUUUUUCAUUUGGCCUUUUUUAUGUUUUUACAUUUCUUUUUUUUGUAUUCUGGUGCCCCAUUUAUUCUUUUCAUUCAUUAAACACUGGGUGGGGAAAAUACGAACAAGAUGGAGCUAGGGAAAAAAAUGCAAAAAAUGAAGAGACACAUUUUAUUUAAUUAUAUUUAUUUCAAAUGUACAUAUAAAUGUUGUGCAUAUAUAUAAUAUCUACAGGUAUGCAUAUCUGGAAAUUAAUUUUAAUAGGAAUGAAGUUAUAUGAGGAUAAUAUCAAAUAUAGGAGGUCUCUGUUGUUGGGAUUGUUUGGAUGAUGUGUGGCAGCUCGUACAUGAGUCAUUUCAUUCAGUCAGUUUGGUCUUAUGCUGCUUUCCAGAGAUGUUGCAAAGUCAGAAAAUCAAACUUCGUGUUAAGAAAAGGCUGUGGAAUAAGUGACAGAAAAUGACCAAUAUGAUUAUCAUCCUCUAAAUCCACUCGGUGUGAUUUCAAGCACUGCUGCUAAUAAUAAAAUAACAUUUUUUAAAUGGCUCUGAUAUUAGAGGAAGACGCUUCUGGAAAAGCUUUUUUUGCUGCAUCGUGUUUUUUUAAGCCAGACUGUAACUGCAGUGAAGCUGACAUCAAUAAUCAAACCAUUUGAGUCUACUGAAAGCUCAAAGUCAUCUAGGUAUAGCAUUAACGUUGUAAUUAGGCUGGCGAACGUUUUGAUGCAUCUUGUCCCAAGAUAAAAAUAGUUCCUGCUGUCUUUAAUGUAAUGAAAAAAUUUUAAGAAAUCUGAAAAGCAUUUUGUGCAACAGCUAUGCAGUUGUGCUUGCAAACAAUGCUACAUGUUGAUAUUAUACUAGAAAACCUUGCAGGCGUCUGUUUUUUCUGAGCUGGACUAACACCAAGCACGGACAUUGAAAUUGUGUAUUUGGAACAACUGACAAUUUCUGACUCCAGAAAGCAAAUGUUAGGUAUUAGUAUCCCUUAUAGCUGUUUGGAUAGUCACAGCUACUUUAUCAAAUUUAUGAGACUAAUAUGGCAUGACAUACAGUAAAUACCCAGAUGAACCAGGCACAUUGCUGUUACAUGGCACAAAUCUUAGAUUGCAUAGCCACUAGGACAUGCAGGUUUGGUUUUAGCCAAGUAAUUAAAGCUUGUACUUGACAAUUACAGUAACUGUACAGGAACAUGUCUUGCUGGUGUUGACUUGACGACCUUUGAUCACACAGUCAACAGCUGCUUAGAUGUUUGUAAUCUAGUUUGCACUGAAUGAGACUGUAUCCAGGAUCAUGCUGUGUUUGCAGCUCACAUGUUCAGCUACUUAUGAGUUUAAAUGCAUAAUUUUGAAAUGCACGUUUAAUGGUACUGGAAAGACUGGAUUGCAGCAUCUAUGUAGUUUAUAUGCUGAUCUCUUUUUAGCUCUGAACCUGUGAGAAUGUGUUAGGUCAAGCUCUAAGACAACUCUGUGAUUUAACCUUUCCUCUUUCCACAUCCGUUACACUUGCUUAGUAACAAACUACUCAUAGUAAGACUUCUUCAGAAUCAGUAUUACAGAGUCUGUUUGUGUGUAGUGUUAUCUCCAAUGCUCAGUCUUCAGGUGAAGUAUGCAUUAAACUGUUAAAGUCAAACAAAUAUCAAACUGCUAGAGGCUGAAUUGUUGAGGGGCCAAGUAGCUGCUGAGUGAUCACCAGUUUUGUGUCAAUGCAGGAUUGAAAUAUUCUGGUUGUCUUGGUUCCAACCCUAUGGUUCCAACACUGUGUAAUCACACAUCUUUUCUCUGUCACUCACUCUGGGUGUCAUUAUCCCCCGAACACUUUCUAAGUGUUUGUACGCUAGUUUGAUACAGUUUCCAGAUUUAAAACUGGUUUUCCCAGGUAUUCCUUGUUUUCACUUCACUGCUGUAAAAGCAAGUUUUAAAAGUCUAAAAUUGUAAUAAAACAAGUGCUGCUUGGUGGUAUUCUGGGCUUGCUGUUGUUUCCAGUGAAAACAGAGUGAAAGAGGAGGGUACCUAUGGAGCACUGUAAAAAUUAUUGUGGGGGUCAAAAUCAUGGAAUGUUUGACUAUAUGAUUAAAGCAAAUCUGAAUCAGAGACGCAUUCAUUUGAGAGUAUCUGUUGCAUUACUUAACUGUCAAAUGUAGCAUACAAACCUGUAAUCACAUGAGCCACUGACUAUGACUGACCAAGUCAAAGUGUCCCACCAAAGUAGUGAUUUUCUGAUCAGAAAUGUAGUGGUCAGAGAGGGAGUGACGAUCACCUCAAACCUGGGAGACGAUUUUGAUCCUGCAUACAUUUUACUUCUUACUGGUUGUGACUGUUUCUUUACCGAUAAAAUCCAAACUUUGAAACUGUUCUCCUUUCUAAUAUGUCUUCCUCUCUAUAUAAACCAGAUGUGUAAAUACUGUACCUCUGAGUCAUAUGUGUGGAUUGUGUUGUAUCGACUCAGGCUUGCAACAAAAAACAAGUUUAAAAAAAAGACAGUAAAAACCUGAAAACCCCAAAAGAGUCAUGUUGUACUGUAUCUGCAUUAAUUUAUAGGCCUGCUUGUGAAUGAAUGUGUCACCCUGUUACAAAGCAAUACACGCUACAGUAUCUAGACGUAAAAAAAAAAAAAUGCCAUCAAGCUGGUUAGAGGUUGCCGACUUUAGAUCUUCUAGCACGCAGAAAAGGUACUUUAUUUGGUCUCGUAUCACUGCCUCUUCAAAUCCUCCUCAGUUUGGGCCAUCAAGAUGAGAGAAUAUGCUGUGGAUGUUUUUAUCUGUACUUUGUGGUAAAACAAUAAAAAGUUACUAACAAUCA